ACCAACGUAAAGACGCGUUAAAAGCGAGUCCCUCCCCCUUCUUCACGAGGAUUUUCAUCGGCUACAACGCGAAAGACAUCAGCACGAUACAUGCCACUGGAUCGUUUCGUGCCACUGCAUUGGGACUGAUAAGAGAAAGCCGCGAAAGGGCAAGCCGUCUUCGAAUGAAAACCUUACGAGCUCAUCGUGCCCCGUAGAAGUAUUUAGCGGAUUCUUUGCAGAAGACUGUACCAGGAACCAGGGGUUGUUGCUAAAGGCGGCAACAUGUCUACCCUCUGUGACAUUGACGAGGAAGACGCAGACUCCCUGGCCUCGACUGCCGCUGCGACAGGACAUGGCGGCGGCAGGAGCAACCAGACGAAAGGCCCCGACGCAGCUAAGAAUAAGAGGAUGUCCGUGGAGCGCAUCUACCAGAAGAUGAGCCAGCUGGAGCAUAUUCUGCUACGCCCGGACACGUACGUCGGCUCCGUCGAGCCCGUCACGCAGACCAUGUGGGUGUACGACCCCGAAGACGAAAACGGCGGCGGCGGCAUGAAAUACAGGAGCGUCACUUUCGUGCCCGGUCUCUACAAGAUCUUCGAUGAGAUCCUGGUCAACGCGUCCGACAAUAAGCAGCGGGACAAGAACAUGGACUGCAUCAAGAUCGAGAUACAUCCUGACCAGGACUGCAUCUCCGUGUGGAACAAUGGCCAGGGCAUACCCGUGGUCGAGCACCGCGUCGAGAAGAUGCACGUGCCGACGCUCAUCUUUGGUCACCUGCUCACUUCGUCCAACUACAACGACGAAGAGAAGAAAGUCACCGGUGGCCGCAACGGCUAUGGCGCCAAGCUCUGCAACAUUUUCAGCAAGAAGUUCAUCGUGGAGACAUACUCGCGCGCCGAAAAGAAGCUCUUCAAACAGGUCUGGGAGGAUAACAUGCGGAAGACCACAGAGCCUAAGAUCAAGACGGAGGCCAAGGGCGAGGACUUCACCAAGAUCACCUUCUAUCCGGACCUGUCCAAGUUCAUGAUGGAGAAGCUGGACACCGACACGGUGGCGCUGCUGUCCCGCAGGGCUUAUGACGUGGCCGGCUGCGCACACGGAGUCAAAGUCUACCUGAACGGCAAGAGGCUCCCGGUGAAGGGCUUCAAGGAGUACGUGCAGCUGUUCCUCAAGGACCAGGAGGACGAAACGGGCAACCCGCUCACCGUAGCCCACGAGCUCGUCAGCCAGCGCUGGGAGGUGGCCGUGGCCUUGAGUGCCUCGGGCGAGUUCAAGCAGAUGAGUUUCGUCAACGGCAUCGCUACCACCAAGGGUGGAAGCCACGUCGACCACGUUGCUGACCAACUCGUCAAAAAGGUUCUGGAGAGCGUCAAGAAGAAAAACAAAGCCGGUGUGAAGAUCCAGAGCAAGCAAGUCAAGGACUACUUGUGGAUGUUCGUCAACUGCCUCAUCGAGAAUCCUACAUUCGAUUCUCAGACAAAGGAGAACAUGACGUUGUCUUACAAAAAGUUCGGCUCCAAGUGCGAACUCAGCGACAAGUUCUACAACCAGGUGCUGAAGUGCGGCGUCGUGGAGUCAGUCAUGUCCUGGGUGACAUUCAAGGCUGAAAAGCAGCUGGGCCUAAAAUGUUCGGCCAAAAAACACUCCAAGCUGAAAGGGAUCCCGAAGCUGGAGGACGCCAACGACGCUGGUACCAAGAACUCGGUCGACUGCACGUUAAUCCUGACCGAGGGGGACUCGGCCAAAAGCCUGGCCGUGUCCGGCCUGUCGGUGGUGGGCCGCGACAAGUUCGGCGUGUUUCCAUUGAAGGGAAAGAUCCUCAACGUACGGGAGGCCACGCACAAGCAGAUCUUGGAAAACGCCGAGAUCAACAAUGUCAUCAAGAUCAUGGGCCUCCAGUAUAAGAAAAAGUACGAGACUGUGGAUGAUCUCAAAACGCUUCGCUAUGGCCGACUUAUGAUCAUGACAGAUCAAGACCAGGAUGGCUCUCACAUCAAGGGCCUCCUAAUCAACUUUAUCCACCACAACUGGCCGUCGCUGCUCAAGCUCCCUUUCCUCGAGGAGUUCAUCACGCCCAUCGUGAAAGCAAGUCGCGGAAGCAACGAGCUGUCCUUCUACUCGCUGCCCGAGUUCGAAGAAUGGAAGACCGCCACCGACGACUGGCAGCGCUGGAAGGUAAAGUACUACAAAGGUCUCGGCACCAGCACCGCCAAGGAGGCCAAGGAGUACUUCAUGGACAUGCUGCGGCACCGCAUCACCUUCCGGUACCAGGGCAACGAAGACGACAAUGCCAUUGAGUUGGCCUUCAGCAAGAAGAUGAUCGAGCAGCGCAAGGACUGGCUCCGCAGUGGCAUGGAGGAGCGCAAGCAGCGACGCGAGAUGGGCCUGCCCGAGCUCUACCUGUAUGGCAAGGACACCCGGAACGUGACGUACCAGGACUUCGUCAACAAGGAACUAAUCCUGUUCAGCAACAUGGACAAUGAGCGUUCAAUCCCGUCUCUGGUGGACGGACUCAAGCCGGGCCAGCGCAAGGUUCUCUUCACCUGCUUUAAGCGUAACGACAAGCGCGAGAUUAAGGUCGCCCAGCUUGCGGGGUCCGUGGCCGAGCACUCGGCCUAUCACCACGGCGAGGUCUCUCUCAUGUCGACCAUCAUCAACCUGGCGCAGAACUUCGUCGGCUCCAACAACAUCAACCUGCUGCUGCCCAUCGGUCAGUUCGGCACGAGGCUGCAGGGAGGCAAGGACGCUGCCAGCCCUCGAUACAUUUUUACCAUGCUGUCGCCCCUGGCGCGUCUCAUCGUGCCCGCGUUGGACGACCCGAUCUUGGAGUACCUGUACGACGACAACCAGCGGAUCGAGCCCGAGUACUACAUUCCGGUGCUUCCCAUGGUACUCGUCAAUGGCGCGGAAGGAAUUGGCACUGGUUGGAGCACUAAGAUACCGAACUAUAAUCCACGCGACAUAAUUGCCAAUCUGCGGAAGAUGAUUGCCGGUGGGGAACCAGAUACGCUGAAGCCAUGGUUCAAGAAUUUUCGCGGAUCCAUAGACCAGGUAGAAGAGCAGAGAUUCAUCAUGAGCGGCGAGGUGGCCGUGCUCAACUCCACCACCAUCGAGAUCACCGAGCUUCCGGUGCGGGUGUGGACUCAGGCGUACAAGGAGGCGGUACUGGAGACCAUGCUGCACGGAACAGAGAAGGUACCGCCUCUCAUAACUGACUACAAGGAGUACCACACGGACACCACCGUCCGCUUCGUGGUUACCAUGACCGAGGAGAAGCUGGCCAAGGCCCGCGAGGAAGGACUUCACAAGGCAUUCAAGCUGCAGACGUCGCUUACCACAUCCUCGAUGGUGCUGUUUGACUCUAAGGGCGUCCUGAGAACCUUUCGGAGUCCUGGUGACAUCCUGCGUGAGUUCUACGCGACGCGCGUGGAAGGGUAUGUCAAGCGAAAGGCUUACCUUAUCGGUCUGCUGUCUGCCGAAGCGAAGCGUCUUGAAAAUCAGGCUCGCUUCAUUCUCGAGAAGAUCGACAAUAUAAUAAAGAUCGAGAACCGGCGCCGCAAGGAGAUGAUCGAGACACUGCAGCGACGGGGCUAUGAUCCCGACCCCAUCGUCCUCUGGAAGAAGCUGCAGCUGCAGCAGGCAAUGCGCCGGGACAGCCAAGCCGAGUCGCAGGACGAAGCUGAAGACUCUUCCGAGGCACAGGACGAGGACAGGGACAAGGAUGGCGGCAGCGUGCACUACAACUACCUCCUGGGCAUGCCGCUGUGGAGUCUGACCAUGGAGCGGAAGGAAGACCUGCUCAAGAAGCGCGACGAGAAGCGCCAGGAGCUCGAUGUGCUGCGCCGCAAAUCGCCCGCUGAUCUCUGGGAGGAAGACCUGGACGCCUUCUCGUCCAAGCUGGACGAGGUGGAGCAGAAGGAACGUGAAGAAGAGAACUCGAGCGCCGCCAAGGUGAUCAAGGGAGCCAAGGGCGGGCGCUCCAAGGCUGCGGCGCCCAAGAAGUCCGCAAACGAGACGAAGCCGUCGGCGUUCGCGGAUCGCGUUGUGCCGAAGAUCGAGUGGGAGGCGAAGACCAAGACCACCGGAGCGCGCCGCGGGCCCAGGAAAGCCGCCACCGACGCCCAUGCCGAGGACCACGCCGAUGAUGGCGACAACAACGAUGGAGGGGGAGCCGGGCACGCCUGUCCCGACGCUCAGCCGGCUGCUUCCGGUACGGCUGCUUCCGCACCCACCAGGGCGCCCCAGCGGAAACGCGGUGGCGCCACUAAGGUCAAGCCUUCGGGGAGCAAGGCAGCGUCCAAGAAGAGGAAGAACUCGACGUCGCACAGCGAUUCCUCCGAUGGCGAGGAGUCACUCAUGAGCUUUGGCUCGGACGACGACGACGACGACAGCAGACCUGCUGCGGGUCCUUCGCAUCAAGAGGAGCGGCAGCGAGAUCCUCCCAAGAAGCGCGGAGCCCCGGCCAAGCCGUCGCAGCGGGACGCAGCCGCUGACGAAGGCGACGAGGACUUCGUCAAGGCACCCGCCAAGAAGCCCGUCGCAUCUUCUCGAGCAGCCAAGAAGGCCCCGGCCGCCAGGCAAGCCCCAGCAGCGGCGGACGGCUCCGACUCCGACCCUCAACCGGCUCAGAGGAAGGCGGCGGCCAAGAAGAAGCGGAUCGUGCUGUCCUCUUCCUCCGACGAUGACGACGCACCUACCGUGACCGCGCCGGCGCCGUCAGGCGCAUCCACCAGCGGCCGCUCCAGAGCGCCGCAGGUCAAGUACAACUUUGGAAGUGACAGUGACGACGAAUUCUAAAGCAUGUUGCCGCUACGCAGCCAUAUACCAUAGUGCGUUCUGGCAUGGCCGCUGAUAUACUUGUGCGUUGAAGACAUGUGUGUGAGUUCCUUGAUGUCUGUAGGAUCUCAUCAGCGGUAGCUACUCGGUGGACAUUUUGUGCUGCCGCCAUCAAUGUGACCUCAACGAGGGUGCGAAGGGACCUUCUUGGCAAGUCGUCGCAGAUUUUGUGUCAGCGUGCAUGUUUGUGUCUUUUUGAUAGUUUAGCGAUCUGUUUGUUCUGGCGUCAUCUGGCAGGCGUCGCCUUUGCCGAAGAAAUAGCUUUUUUUUUUCUGUGCCUUCGUUAGCCAUUCUUUUAAUUCAAGUUUGUAUGUCACGUGUGUUUUUUUUUCUUUCGUUAUUUUAAUUCUUUAUUAUUUUUUGUGGGGAGGGAUGCAGAGGAACAUUAUGCUCCCAUCUGGCAAACGUGACCUUGAUGAGCCCAUGUUUCCCGCGAAAGACAUUGCAGCCGACUUCUGGAAUUGUCGCCGUUCAAGUUUGUGUUCGCGCAAUUUCUCUUUCGUUGGCUCAUACUCCGACAGCUAUUUAUGCUACAUGUGGCAGUUUGUCGCUCUCGAGCGGGUACAGGAAGCUUCGAGACGUUAUGCGCGAGUGCCGCGAUUUUAAAUAGUCGAUUUUAAACUAGUUUUACGAGAAAGUACUGGUUAUUACGUUAGCCAACACAGUAAUCAGGCGAUGUUUUUUUUUUUUUUUUUUUUGCGUGUUCACCAGCUCAGUCUCUUCCCCUCCUUGUCGUUAUUCAAGCGUUUUUAACUUUGACAGUACCGGGUGGCGAUCAGUGUUUCUUUAACGGAAUAAAGGGUCGAUUUUAUUAUUUUCUUGAUCUUAUUUAAAUUUCUUGCUAUUAAAACGCCUAGUUAGAGAAUGGAGUGUAUAAUUGCAAGCUCAAUCUAUUCGGCGCACGAAUUUUUUUGUACAACACACUUCAAGACCAAGUCACAUGACCGAAAUUCCGCCAAGUCUCGGGGGAAGGAGGUCGCGGGUGCGUCGUCGGCUCCCUGAGGCUGUUCUUCUGGAUCCGCUUGUGGUCGGCGUGUACGGUUGGCUUGGUUAUUGAAAGAGCACGCAAGUUGCAAUAUAGUAUUGCGGCAUUAAAAUCUAA